AUGGACGCCGAACUGCAGAAGAACCUUGACAUGGCUGUCAGCUCAGACACGGCCGAAGGUCAGGUCGAUGUCCCAAGCCCUGCCAAAUGCAGACAAGUUCGGAUCAAGACAGACUUGGUCGUCAUGCCUUUGAUAACCAUAUCCAUGACACUGGCAUUCCUUGACAAGGUGAGCACCAGUCGGUCUCCUGAGAACCCCCAAGCUCACAAAUUCGGCCAGAAUGCGUUGGCCUAUGCGGCCAUCUACGGUCUCAAAGAGGACACAAACCUAAAUAAGCAAGACUACAGCUGGCUUGGCAGCAUCUUCUACUUUGGUUACCUCUUUAUGGAAUUCCCCAACCUUUGGAUCAUCUAUAGGUUCCCAGCGGGCAAGUAUAUGGGGGCCUGCCUCAUGGCGUGGGGAAUCAGCCUUGGUCUGAUGUCCGUCUGUCAUAAUUUUGCUGGACUGGCAGUGAUCCGAUUUCUUCUUGGAGCCUUCGAGGCUAGCAUCCUUCCGUGUCUCAUUUUGGUCAAUUCGACUUGGUACCGUCGUGAAGAGCAGCCGCUACGAACUGCGUUCUGGGCCAACACUUUUGCGGGUGUUUUUGGAGGCAUCCUGAGCUAUGCCAUUGGCCGGAUCAACGGAAGCCUGUCAACUUGGAAGUACAUCUUCAUCAUCUACGGAGCAUUCACUCUGGUUGUGGGAAUCGCGGUGUUCUUCCUACUUCCCAACUCGCCGGCUCAGGCUUGGUUCCUCAACGACGAGCUCAAGUCUGUAGCUGUGCUUCGACUCGCCUCGAACCAAACUGCAACAGAAGCGAGUACCAAACUCCGAUGGGGCCAAAUCGGUGAAGCACUCAAAGACACCAAGUACUGGUGCCUGGCCAUCUUCUUCAUCGCCCAGUCCAUCACCAACGCCGGAAUCACAAACUUCAACCCUCUCAUCAUUUCUGGUUACGGUUUUUCGCAAGCCAAGACUGUCCUGAUGGCAACACCCCAGGCUGCUGUUGCCAUGGUUGCCCAAGCGUCGAUGACUGCCGUUACACUCUUUGUACCCAAUAUGCGUUGCAUUUUCUGGGUCAUCUCUAGUGGUAUCGCCAUGGCUGGAGCUAUUAUGGUCAAGACAUUGGAUCCGGUGGCCAACAGAGACGCUUCUCUUGCUGGAGUCUACUUGAUGGGUUUCUACAACGUCUCGUGGGUCAUGGCUCUCAGUCUUCAGUCUUCAAAUGUUACGGGCAUGACAAAGAAGAGUUUUGUCUCGAUUUCAGCAGCUUGCUUUUACGGUAUGUGUAUCAUCUUCCGUUUCCAAGAACUCAUCGCUGACGAUGGCCAAGCCAUUGGUAACAUUGUCGGACCUCAAUUCUUCCUCGAGAGCCAGCGCCCUCACUACAGCCUCGGUAUCGGUGCAAUGCUGUGCGGUUUUGCAGUCAUGAUGGGCACCGGUACUCUGUACUUCAUCAUUUGUGCUAUUGAAAACAAGCGACGCGACCGAAAGAGCGGCGCCGUAGACUCUGAAGGCACCCGAAUCACGGCUGGUCUUGACGCCAUUCGUGAUGACCUCACUGAUAAGGAGAACAAGAACUUUCGAUAUACUUAUUAA